ACACGCGCAUAAGACUAGACCAUAAAACAAUUAAUUAUAGUCACUUUGCAGGUAGGCGAGAUCAAUUUCGGGUUCCCCGCGAGAUCAAUUUCGGUAUUUCCCGCUAACCUCAGAAGCAGCCUCUUGGGAGACCUUUUUCUAUCUUUUGAAAAAAGCAGUUUGCUUCUCGGCUUUGUUUGUCUCUGAUUUUUUUUGUUGACACUUGUGUGUGUGUGUGUGUGUGUGUUUUUCACAAAAUACCAGUCUCGAGCACGUAUUGUUGAAGUCUGGGGGCAUCUACGACUACUGCGCAUGCCAAACUUGACACUGACCGUGUGACGAAAAAAAAGACACUACAGUGUCGAACUCCAUCAUGGUAGGAAACUGGCCGCGGCUCGCUAUCACAGAAGAAGGCGCGACUUUUGUGGUCUUCACCGCAUCGCUGGCCAGCAAGAGGCUCCGAGAGCUUCUUAGUGACGACUUCAAUUUCGAACUCUGUCUCCGUAAAUUGUCUUUAGAACAACAACUCAAGAUUCGCAAUGCCAGACACGAUCCGGUCAAGGCCCUCUUGCUAGGGUUAUUCGCUCAGGUGGUUCUCAACUACGCGUUGUAUUCUGGGGGUAGUGCCGAUGUUUUUCGGCCCUUUGAAGACUUGCCCCUUGGCGUGAACGAGUACGGCAAACCAAGAUUGGAUAACGGCCUGUGCAUCGAGUACAAUUCGUCUAGCUCCAACGACAUCAUGGCUAUCGUUGUGCAGUUCAAUGGGUCGACUCCAGUUGGGGUUGACCUCUCGCAUGAGACGCAAAGCAGCAUUUCCGAGACCGAGUUUGUUGAGCAGUUCGCCGGGAUUUUCGCUCCGGUAGAGUUGAGGCAGCUCGGGGCGAUCGAGGACGUUUCUCAGCGGUACGUGUUUUUUAACCAACUAUGGACAUUGAAAGAGGCGUUCACGAAAUUUGUGGGAUGUGGCUUGAACGUCGAUUUGUCCAGCUUCCACUUUCAAGUAGGGCCAGCCCGGCCGUCGCUUAGAAAUCCUGAGGUGGUACAUGGCGCCAAUUACAAUCUACUCAUGGCAGAAUGGCAGCGAGAUAUCGAGGUGGACUUCGAAAACCUUGAAAAGCCGUUCAAAAGCAAGAUCCUCGAGCGCCCCAUACAUUGCCAAAGCAGUGUCCUUAGAACCGAGAAAACGCUCCCGGUCUUCAUUUCACUCGUGAGCCAGAAUCCAAUGGAGAGCACUGAGAUAAUUGAUUUGGAUAUGGAGAAAAUAGUGCAGGCGAUAAUCGGAGACUAA